AUUCAAAUCAGCCGGCUCCUCCACUAUAAAUGCGAUUCUUUUGAGCAAAAUCAACAGAAACGGAUUCGUUUGAGAUUUAUCAAGAUGUGUAAAUUGGUUUGGUUUUUCGCCCUUUUGGCUAUUGCCUUUGCUGAACCUGCCCCUAAAGCAGGAUUCAUCGCCUCAGCUCCAGCAGUAGCAGCAGUGGUACCACAUACAGCAGCCUAUGUUGCUCCAUACAGCACUGCAUACUCAGGUCUAUACGCUUCUUCCUACGCCAGACCAUACGCCACAGCAUACGCCAAACCCUACACCACUGCCUACGCUGGACCUUAUGCCACUGCCUAUUCCGGAGCUCUCAACUAUGGAUACAACUCCAUCUACAAUUACCCUUAUAAUGCUGUUCGCGGAUAUGUUCCAUAUGCUAACUCCAUGUAUAGAUCCGCUUAUAACUACCCUCAGAUUACAUCUACAUAUGCAGCACAUCCCUACAAUUAUGUUUAUUAAGUUCUUAGUUGAUAAUAAAAUUAUUUGUUUUUGA